AUGUCUCAAUCCUUCACCCCCACCGAUGUCGCUGCGCACAACACCCCAGACAAGGGCCUCUACAUCAUCAUCGACAACAACGUUUUCGAUGUCACCAACUUCGUGGAUGAGCACCCCGGCGGCGCGAAGAUCCUGAAGCGCGUCGCAGGCAAGGACGCUACAAAGCAGUUCUGGAAGUAUCACAACGAGGGUGUGCUGAAGAAGUAUACGCCUAAGCUGAAGGUUGGAGAGAUCAAGGAAGCCGCCAAGUUGUGA